AUGCCAGCCUUAAUUUGGCUAGGCCGCCGUUGGCGUAUUGCGGCAGAUGAUUUCUUCAUCCCAAGCUUAUGGUCUUCCCUGGUUUUAUUAUUUACGUGGGUCCUUUUAUUUGUAUACCCCAAAUUCUACAACUGCGUGGACAUCUCAUUUCAGGGCGACGCCCCCUAUGGAUGGGACUGCAAGAGGGUUACUACCGCGCUUAAAACAUUCAUCUAUCUGUUAUUAAUUAUUAUUCCCCUGUUGGCGUUUUUUUUCCUCCUGACGGGUUUAGUAAGCCUGCGCGGGUCGAUUUUCGAGGUGUCCAAACGACGCUUUAUUUACAUCCUUCUCUAUAUCGAUUCCCUCGGGGUUGGCGCGAUGCUUGUGGUGAUUAUACUUUGUUUUAAAUACAUCCUCUACGACAAAGGGCUAGAUCCGAUGAUGAAUGGGGCGAAGCUGGUGGUUUUGUUUUCCCUGAGUUUGGAUCUUUUCCUGGUUUUUGCCUACCUCGCCUUUUUCUUCGUUGCUUUUGAUUCGUGGGGACGGCGGACGUACGGGAGCUUUGAAGAGUAUGAGCGGGCCUGGGCCAAACGGCUGUCCUGCCUGUGUGGCUGUCUGAUCCCAUGCCGGGAAAAAGGCAUGCGCUACGAGGCGGUGGCGCGGACCUUCGCGCAGGCCUUUGGGGCCUACGACAUCGUCCCGAGUGACAUCGCGGCAGGGCUGGUGCUUCUGCACAACCAGCAAAAACACUCCAGGCGUGUGGCCUUCCGGCCCCUUUCUUACCCUUCGGCGGGGGAUGGCUGGACGGAGACGGUCUCCUACAAGGCGCGCGCGGUCCCCAAGCUCACGGCGGCCCAACGCGAGGCCCUUCGCGAGCUCAACGACUACCAUCCCUACUUCCAGGCCAUCCUGGGCUGGUGCUACUACGGCCGGAAGGACUGCGGGGUGGGCCUGUGCCAGCUGUGGGCGCGGGACUGCUGUUGCUGCUGUCACACCCCCGCGGCGCGCUACUACGGGGUGCGGUCCAACUGCGACUACAUGGUCCUCCACGCGAUCUCGCAUCUCACCGAGGAGGACAUCCUGCUGGCGAACUGGACGAACGGGCCGUUUCAGCCGGUCCAUUACGUCGCCUACGACGCGGGGCAGCACGCCGUCCUCAUCGCCAUCCGAGGGACGAUGUCGAUCGCGGACGUGGUUACCGACCUCACCGCCGACCCCUGCACCCUCGCCCUGGCGGACGCGCCCCUCCCGGCCUCCGAGUAUUACGUCCACGAGGGGAUGAUGAAGGGGGCGGAGUUUAUUUAUGAAUUUCUCGAGGAUCGAGGGGUUUUGGAAGCGAUCGAAUACGGACGUUACGCCGACGCGAAGAUUCGCGUCCUCGGCCACUCCCUCGGCGCCGGUGUCGCGCUGUUGUUGACAGUGGUGCUGUGGUCGCGGCGGCGGGGGCUGCGGGGGCGGCUGCGCGGCCUCGCCUACGCCCCGCCCGGGGGGCUCAUGUCGGCCGCUGUGGGAGCUUAUUGCCGGGAAUUCACCCUCGGAUGCUUUCUCGGCGCCGAUCUUGUCCCGCGGCUUGCGCCGCACACCUUCGAGGCCCUCCGCGAGUCCCUGCUUGACGUCCUCGCCACAUGCCGACUGCCCAAAACGCUUGUAUGGGUCCCCCUCGCGCGGAGGAUGAGGGGGAUGGAGGAAUUUCACCCGGCCUCGCAGGGGGCCACUGCGGGUGAGAACGUAUCGGAGAGUGUCUCCUAUCGCGAGGCCCUCCGCACGAGCCUCUGUGCACACGAAAACGAUGAGCGAAGACUUUACCCUUGCGAGAUCCUCGUGCACCUGCAGAAAGUCGUCGUUCGGACGCAUUCACGUGGUGGGCGAAUCCAUAAUGGAAGGCGGCAGAGGAGAAGGGAGGUUAUUUAUAUCCCACACUUUGUGGGGCCCUCGGAGGUGCAGACGCUGUACGUCUCGUCAAGCAUGUUCUCCGACCACAUGCCCGAUCGCCUUUCUGACGUCCUUUCAUUAACCACAAAAAGAAUGAAUGCUGGGCAGUUGGAGCGCUUUUACGUUGAUAAGCAGGAGAACGUUCCAGAGGAGUCUAUACCGCUGAUGUACGCGAAUCUCCAUCCCAACGGCGCUGUCUGA